UCUUCGGCGAGUCUUCGCCGUCUAGUGUGAAAUAUCGCGCCCAAGUGUUACGAGCCUACGGGCCACGCGGCCUCCUCUCGUACGCGACACGACCUGUCCUCCGUCGCUGACGGAGACGUCCGGUGCCGCGACACGACGACGACGACGACGACGACGACGAUUUUCCGUUCCCCGCCGCCGCCGUGUAGCCCCGACCGCGCUCGUUUUUCUCGCGACACGUCGCGAAUUCGAUCGGGGAAUAACACCCCUGAUCGGCGGAUUUCUUAUAUCCUUCCCGACCUGUCGCCGGUCGCAUUUACAUACAUACGUACCCUCCGGAAUCCGGAGGCUUCCCUCGAGCGACAUCCUCGAUCUUAGAUCGAGGUUUUGAGCGGGGAUCACGAGUCGCUACUGGAGUUCUGCUCUGCGAAGGGCGAAAGGGUCGAGCGCGCGACGCGAGAACUGGAGAACGCCGAGAAUGCAGCCGGCGAACGUUCCGCGGACGCCGGAUUCUCCAACGCGCACCUCUUGCCACGAGCGCGAUCGGGAGCGCGAGAGGGAACGCGAGCAGGAUCGGGAUCGCGAGCGAGACCGCGGCGGAAGGCAAAGCCGCAUGAGUCCCGAGGAGGAUCGGGAGGAUCGCGAGGAGCGCAGCUCGAUCGCCAGGCAGAGCCUCGGAUCCGCCGCGAUCUCGGCUAAUCCAGGAUUGCAGUUGUCCUUGUCGCUGGAGGAUCGCGAGCUCUGGACCAGGUUUCAGUGCAUCACGAACGAGAUGAUCGUGACGAAGAACGGAAGGAGGAUGUUUCCGGUGGUGAAGGUCGUGGCACGGGGUUUGGAGCCUGCGGCAAUGUACACCCUGCUACUGGAAUUCGUGCAGGUUGACCAGCACAGGUGGAAAUACGUAAAUGGAGAAUGGGUGCCGGGUGGAAAGGCGGAAGUCGCGCCGCCUAAUCCGAUUUACAUACAUCCGGAAAGUCCGAAUUUCGGGGCUCAUUGGAUGAAGGAGGCGGUGUCGUUCGCCAAGGUGAAGCUGACGAACAAGUCGAACGGUAACGGACAGAUAAUGCUCAACUCGUUGCACAAAUAUGAACCGCACGUUCAUUUGGUUCGAGUGGGCGCCGAGGAGCAACGAACGGUUCUCACGUAUCGCUUCCCCGAGACCCAAUUUAUCGCGGUGACGGCGUACCAGAACGAGGAAGUGACGAGCCUGAAGAUCAAGUACAAUCCUUUCGCGAAGGCGUUCCUCGACGCGAAGGAGAGACCCGCGGAUCCGCAAACUUAUCCGCAAUACACCGGUCCCUGGUUCCUGUCGCAACCCACAAUGGGAUACGAGUACAACACCGCGUCCGCGAUAGCGGCCGCGCAAAAUCAAGUAUCGGCCAGCGUCGGCAAUCACCUCUCUAAUUCGUGCAGCGUCACCACUUCUGGCCACAGGAGCACCUGCAGAGCGGCGCCGUAUACCUUGAGGCACAAGUACGUCCAAGACGAACAACACGCGGAUCCCUACGCUCCUAUGCCGCUGCUGCAUUCCACCGCCUACGUAACAGCCCCAGCCUGGUCACCACGCAGUCCGGAGGCUUUGCAGAACCUAAACCCCGCGUGUCUACCGCCGACUGCAUCGCAGGAGUGGCCGACGUCGCCGUCGCCGUCGCCAACGUCCUCGGCGCACACGGUCCUCGGCAGAGCCGUGGUUGGCACCGCGUCCGCCGCUGCUGUCGCUGCCGCCACCACCGUCACCGGAUGCACGUUGUACGUGCCCUCAAAUUUACCGCCGCAGGAGCACGGUGGGCACUGCACGGACUCGUCCUGGAUCCAUCCGAGCGCACUCGAGCAGCAACAGCAGCAGCAACAACAGCAACAGCAACACCAACAGCAACCCUACCUAAACCUAAAUCUCCAUCUGCAUCAUCAGAUGUCUUCUUACGGCUCCGUGCCGCACGCGGGAUUGCAUCACGGCCUACAUCCAGGUGGAGAAGCAGUGCCUCCGACGGACACGAACGAGUACGUUCACGAGUACCAUCACGUCUCACCAGUGCAGUCGACCACCCCCGAUCAGCACCGUCAUCACCCACAGCAGCAGCAGCAGCAGCAGCAGCAGCAGCAACAGCAACAGCAGCAGCAACAACAGCAACAACAGCCGUCCCAGUCGCAGCAUCAUCCGCAAGCGCAGAUGUUGCAUUUGCAGGCGUUACCACAGACAGGCACCACCUCACCGGCCAGUGUGGAGUACGACAGCCCUCCGAAGGAACAUCCCCACAUCCAAGUGAGCUACUCGGAGCAAAGUGCGGACGCUUUAAGCGAGGCGCAGCAAGACGACGAGAGAAGAUACCUGACCACAGUGGUGGAUCGUCAUCACCAUCAUCACCAUCAUCACCAUCAUCACAAUCAUCAUCGACAGGAUACGGAGAUCUCCAAUGCGGAGCAACCUAGUGCCUGGACGCCGUUGACACCGCCGCCGGCGCCGCAGACCACCGCCAUCUGAUUCGAUCGCGUCCCGGACUCGCGCGGAAAAUCCCACGUUUACUUCUCACUCGUGAACGGUUCGUGGUGUACCGAAAGUGCCGUCGCGAUCGCGAAGAGGAAAUUAUCAAUCGCGGGGAAUCGUCGCCGCGAUGUCGAGUAUGUCGAGCACGCCAACGCGCGCGAUUGAUGUUUGAACAUCGAUUAAUAUGAUAUGUUGAUUGCAUUCUAGAAUAAUCGCGCACGAUAGACAUCGCAAUGCUGAAUCGUACUGAUCCGUCCCGUGAAACGUCUCUGGUAUUAUCGAUUAUUUUUGAGCAAUUACAAAUAUCGUUAAUACGUUAGGUAUGUCGAGAGAGAAAUAAAGU